CUCUGAAAAUGGCAGAAGCUCAUCAAGCAGUAGCUUUUCAAUUUACAGUAACUCCGGAUGGGAUUGACCUGCGAAUGAGCCAUGAGGCACUCAGACAAAUUUACCUGUCUGGUGUCCAUUCAUGGAAGAAAAAGUUCAUCAGAUUCAAGAAUGGAAUUAUCACUGGCGUUUAUCCUGCUAGCCCAUCUAGCUGGCUUAUUGUAGUUGUGGGUGUGAUGUCAACAAUGUAUGCCAAAAUUGAUCCUUCUUUAGGAAUAAUAGCUAAAAUCAACCGAACGCUUGAUACAACAGGCUAUAUGUCAAACCAAACACAGAACAUCGUGAGUGGAAUACUUUUUGGCACAGGGCUUUGGGUUGCCCUCAUUGUCACAAUGCGCUACUCUCUAAAAAUGCUGCUUUCCUAUCAUGGUUGGAUGUUUGCUGAACAUGGCAAGCUUUCUGCAGGCACCAAGUUUUGGAUGGUACUUGUCAAACUCUUUUCAGGACGUAAACCCAUGUUAUACAGUUUCCAGACAUCACUACCACGAUUGCCCGUUCCAGCUGUUAAAGACACGGUCAAUAGGUAUCUGGAAUCAGUUCGGCCACUUAUGCAUGAUGAAGAGUUCAGAAGAAUGGAGGGUCUUGCCAAAGAUUUUGCAUUUAAUUUGGGACCAAGGCUUCAGUGGUAUUUGAAGCUAAAAUCCUGGUGGGCCACAAACUAUGUUAGUGAUUGGUGGGAAGAAUAUAUCUACCUUAGAGGACGUGGACCAAUUAUGGUUAAUAGUAACUAUUUUGCAAUGGACUUCCUUUAUUUAUCUCCCACAACCCUGCAGGCAGCUAGAGCUGGUAACAUUAUCCAUGCCAUCCUGCUCUAUCGGAAAAAACUGGACAGACAAGAAAUCAAACCAAUUCUUCUGAUGGGAUCUACUGUUCCACUCUGUUCAGCUCAGUGGGAACGGAUGUUUAAUACCUCCCGUAUCCCAGGAGAGGAAUCAGAUACUCUCCAGCAUGUGAAAGACAGCAAACACAUUGUUGUGUAUCAUAAGGGCUGUUACUUCAAAGUCUGGCUGUACCAUGAUGGUAGACUGUUGAAACCCCGAGAAAUUGAACAGCAGAUGCAAAGAAUUCUUGAUGAUGAUUCAGAGCCUCAGGCUGGUGAAGAGAAGUUAGCAGCUCUUACUGCAGGAGACAGAGUACCAUGGGCUAAGGCUCGACAGGCUUAUUUUAGCCGUGGAAAGAACAAACAGUCCUUAGAUGCUGUUGAAAAAGCAGCAUUUUUUGUGACUUUAGAUGACACCGAGCAAGGAUACAGGAAAGAAGAUCCAGUGAGCUCACUGGAUGCAUAUGCAAAAUCUCUAAUACAUGGCAGGUGUUAUGACAGGUGGUUUGAUAAAACAUUCACUCUUAUAAUAUUCAAAAAUGGCAGAAUAGGUCUGAAUGCAGAGCACUCUUGGGCAGAUGCUCCUAUUGUUGGACACCUGUGGGAGAAUGUAAUGGCAACUGAGUAUCUUGAACUGGGCUAUUCAAAAGAUGGGCAUUGCAAAGGAGAUACCAAUCAGAAUAUUCCUAUACCUACCAAACUGCAGUGGGAAAUUCCAGAAGAAUGUCAAGAAGUGAUUGAGAGGUCUCUGAGCACUGCCAUAGCUCUGGCAGAUGAUGUGGACUUCCAUUCAUUUUACUUUGAUGCUUUUGGGAAGGGACUAAUAAAGAAAGCAAAAACCAGCCCUGAUGCCUUCGUGCAACUUGCCCUGCAGCUUGCUCACUAUCGGGACAUGGGAAAAUUUUCCUUAACAUAUGAAGCCUCUAUGACACGCUUGUUCAGAGAAGGCAGGACCGAAACUGUUCGUUCAUGUACUGUUGAAUCAUCUAAUUUUGUUCGAACCAUGGAAGACCCAACUGAAAGUAAUGAAAAUAGACUUAAGUUCUUUCGGCUUGCUGCUGCGAAACAUCAGCAUUUGUAUCGUCUUGCCAUGACUGGUGCUGGCAUCGACCGCCAUCUGUUCUGCCUUUAUGUUGUGUCCAAGUACCUUGCUGUAGAUUCUCCUUUCCUUAAGGAAGUUUUGUCAGAGCCUUGGAGGCUGUCAACGAGUCAGACACCACAGCAACACAUUGACCUGAAGAAGAACCCUGAGAUGUUAUCCUGUGGUGGAGGAUUUGGACCAGUUGCUGAUGAUGGUUAUGGUGUUUCUUAUAUUAUCUUGGGUGAAAAUUCCAUCCAUUUCCAUGUCUCCAGCAAAAUAUCUUGUUCUGAGACGGAUUCUCAUCGUUUUGGAAAAAACAUCCAAAAAGCAAUGGUUGACAUCAUGGGGUUAUUUAACCUCAUUAAAAACUGUACCAAGUGAUUUGCCUUAUUGGUGCCUAGUAAUCUCCUGUUGUUGGGAUGAGAACUCUUCUGGACAGUGAAUGAGAGCAAGAUUUGUCAAACAGUAGCUGGUGAAGAAACUGAGUUAGCAUCAUCUUGAUCACCUACGAAAGCCUUAGCAGUAUAUUGAAUGUUUCAUUAUUUUUUUUUCAGUAGUUUGGAAAGUUUGUUUCCACAAAGGAUGACUUUUGAAAUCUU